UGCAACAUUCUGAUAAAUACAUUCACAUACAGCACAGAUCUCUGACACGAUUGGCUCAAGCUUUAAGAAUGAGGUUAACAAUAGCAGUUCUGCUUUUGUGCAUAUGUCUUAUAUUCGAACCGGUCAUCUCUGAAGAAACAUGCAAACUUGCAGCCAUAGAGGAACGACUCAGAGCUCUGGAAACCAGAGACAAAACAAAGGUGGCAUUUUCAGCUUCAUUGGGAUUAAAUGGUUUCAGUGGACCAGUUAAAGUGGACAGAACACUGGUUUACAAGAAUGUCAUCAUUAAUGUUGGUGAAGCCUACGACCCAACCACAGGGAUAUUCACUGCCCCGGUACGAGGAAUUUACUAUUUCAGUUUCUUCUACCAUUGUGGUGUUAGAAAUCCAACAGUGUUGAUCUUGCAUAAAAAUGAAAAGCAAGUAGCAGUAACAAAACAUCACAGUAAAUCAAAUGCUAAUCCUUUGAACGGAGGCAACGGCUUAACGCUGCAGUUGGAGACAGACGAUAAAGUGUAUAUCGUACUCCAAAGGAGCUCGUGGAUCUGGGAUAAAGACCAAGUCACAAUGUUCAGUGGUUUUCUUAUCGAUGCCAUGUAUACACCCUGUUAACAAACAUAAGAUCCUGCUUUUGUGUGUGUGUUCUGCAGCCAGCAUGGUUUUCAUGUUCUGUAUCGUAUUUGAUACAUCAGGCUUUUAUGGCAGAGGAGGAAACACCUUGAUUUUAUUAGUAGUCCAAAACUGAGCGAAAAUAUUCAAUAUUUAUAUGAACACAAGAUUAAUUUUUGAUGCUUGUAAUUGAUUGUGAGAUCUUUAUAAUAGUUUAGCAGACCACUUUCAUAAAAUGCAUAUAAAUAUCAGUGGUCACUAUAUCUGCCGCAAUGUCCUAGUAAGAUGAUAUAUAGCCUAAAUGCUUUUUAGUUUUCAAACAUAUAAUGUAAAGCAAUAAAAUGAUGACUGAAUGAUAAAUAAAUAAACAUUUCUUAAUACCCUGGUGAAAAAAAAUGCUACUUAUUCUUGCAUUAUCAGUAUUAAAGUGUGUUGAUGAUUAGUUAACUUGAAGUGUGCUAUUUUGAAAUAACUAAUUUUGUACUAAGUAUAUUUUAGAUGUAAUUAAAUUGGAGUAAAGCAUAACUUUAAGUGUAUUUAAUGUGUACUAAAUUGGAAAAACUUUGGAAGUAUUGGAAGUAUACGCCUGUGUGUGGACUAAUUACAUGCUUGAUUAGUGAUAUUAAAGUGUACUUUGUUUGUGUUACAAGUACAUUACAAAUUCUUUACCAGUGUCUUCGAAACAUGAAGUGUUUUAUAUUUGAGUAAAAAGUGUAUGCUCAGUAA